UUCUUAUAUUAUAUACCUCAAAUAUAUUUCUUCCUUUUUUUAUAUAUUCCUUUUCUAUGUAUAUCAAAUUUGCGUAAUUUUCAUUAGAACAAGAAAAGAGAAACAUGAAAUCCUCAUUUGAAAGUGGAGCUCACAAAUGUAUGCGUCUUCUUCUUAUUUUCAUGGCACUCAUUGUCGGAAAAGAAGCCCUAAGACCUCAUCAUUUAGAUAUUUCAGUGAGAAUUGGGAAAGAAGUUGCAUCAAGUAAGAAUGAAGAGGCAAGAGAUCAAGAACUGGGAAUGGAACUGUAUCCGACCGGUUCGAGCCUGCCGGAUUGUUCCCAUGCCUGUGGACCUUGCUUUCCAUGCAAGAGAGUGAUGGUGAGCUUCAAAUGCUCCAUCGGAGAAUCUUGCCCUAUUGUCUACAGGUGUAUGUGUAAAGGCAAAUAUUACCAUGUCCCUUCAGCUUAAUCAAAAUUAUGCACCUCGUCUCAAAGGCGGAAUCAGGACUAAGACAGACCAUCAUCUUUAUUUUAUAGCCGCCCAAUUGAUUUUUUUUUCGAUUAUAUUUCUCUCAUUUUUAAGUUAUUAUUUUUUGAUUGUCUCAUCUCUCUCUCUCUCUUCUUGAUUCAGAUGUUCUUUUACAAAAACAAUUGCCGUUCCAUUGUUGUAUUUUAUGAUUAGUAAUUUGAACAUUAAUGAGCAUGCAUUUUGCUGUUA